UUCAAAUUCUAGAUGUCGAAUCUUAUGCUAUAAUCGUAAUCUCGUCCUCAGUGGAAUAAGGUUAUAUGUAUUGUAUAGUGUUCCACUUUUACAUCAGCCUUUGAAUUUUGAAACCUAACACUUGUAAUCUAAUCAUAGCCAAAAAAAAAAAAUUUCAACCCAAAAACCAAAAAACACAAACAAAAAAACCCACGAGAAAGAAAAAACAAAACAAUGAGAAGCCACAAUCAACAAAGAAACAGAGCCACCGGAGUCAAAUUCAAAACCCUUCACUUGUCCAUCUUCUUCUUCUUCCUCUUGUUCUUCAUCAAUUCAUCGUCUUCUUCGUCCUCUUCUUCGUCAGAUACCCACAGCUUCAUAUACGGCGGUUGUUCACAAGAGAAAUACACUACAAACUCGCCCUUUGAAUCCAAUCGCGACUCCCUCCUCUCCGCCGUCGUCACCGCCUCCUCCGAGGCUUCUUUCAACAGCUUCGCCGUCGGAAACGGCUCAUCCUCCGGUGACCCCACCGCCGUAUUCGGCCUCUACCAAUGCCGCGGCGAUCUAAAAACCGCCGACUGCUCGAAAUGCGUCCAGAACGGCGUCGACCAGAUCACCCUUCUCUGUCCGUACUCCUACGGCGCAUCCCUACAGCUCGCGGGCUGCUACCUGCGCUACGAAAACGUCGACUUUCUCGGGAAACAAGACACGAGUCUUAGGUACAAGAAGUGCAGUUCGAAGAGCGUGGACAAUGAUUACGAGUUCUUCAAACGGAGGGACGAUGUCUUGGCCGAUCUCGAGACGGCCGUAGGGUUCAAGGUGAGCAUGUCGGGAUUGGUGGAGGGUUUCGCUCAGUGUGUCGGUGACCUGACGCAGAGCGACUGUACGACUUGUUUGGCUGAUGCUGUCGGAAAAUUGAAGAACUUGUGCGGCUCUGCCGCUGCGGCCGAGGUUUUCUUGGCUCAGUGCUAUGCCCGUUACUGGGGUUCUGGUUACUAUGAUUUCUCCUCAGAUCCCACGAACGGCGACCACGCAGGGAAAUCGAUUGCAAUCAUCGUCGGAGUAAUAGCUGGAUUCGCGAUUCUUGUUAUUCUCCUUUCCCUCUGCAGAAAAUCCAUGCAUUAAGAUGAAGAAGACGCGACGAAAAUUCCUCGCUUUAAUUCCUUUUCUCCAAUUGAGUUUUUAUGGAAUUUCAUAUUUUUGUAGGAAGAGAAAGUUGGGAAAUGGAUUUUUUUUUAUAAAUUAAUUAAUAUUAUCACAUAA